AUGCGCUCAGCUCUUCUAAUUUUUCCUAUUUUUUAUUUAGCCCAAGGAUACGUCUUUGACUGCUUGGACGACUGUGAAUGUGACACUGAAGACGAAGUAAUCCAUUGUCACAAUGGUGACCGUACUCAACUUCGACUUCCAGGUGGAACUCGUCUUCGUGGAUUUCCAGUUAUUGGGUUGACUUACAACAAGAUUGUAACUCUUCCAGACGAGGCGACUCUUUUGGCAAAGUUCCCUGAUUUGAAGGUUGUCGAUGUUGAACGCAAUCCAGAUUUCGACUGCACCACUGUUGAAAACUACGAACACAUCAAAAUCGUUUCCGACUGCUUCAAAAACAUCACUGAAAUCUCAAAAGUCCCAAAAUUGUUCCGCCCAACCAAGGAGUGUGACGUGUCAUGCCAAGCUUCUAAACAUUACGCAAAACUUCAUGAAUACGUUCUCUCAUUGUGGGAAAUUCUCAAGGACAAAUACGAUAACUUCGAUUUGGAUUCAACCCUCCGUGAUAUUCAAGAGUUUUUCACAAUGGUCGUGAAGAAGAUCAAUAAUGUUGGAAGGGAUAUCAAUAACCGUUUGGAAGCAGCCAAAGCACAGAGAAAUCAUCCAAAACAAGUCACUCCAAUGCCAGAACCAAAUGAAGUUUCGAUUACUUUGACCGAAGAUGAAACUGGAAUCUAA